AUAGUCACGUUGUGGUAUCGGUCCCCUGAGAUUCUGCUCGGUGCUCAGCGAUACUCAUGCGGUGUGGAUAUUUGGUCAAUGGGGUGCAUCUUUUCAGAGGUUGCAACCAAAGAAGCUUUGUUCAGAGGCGAUUCUGAGAUCGAUCAAUUGUUCAGGAUAUUUCGCUGUCUUGGCACCCCAACCGAAGAGACCUGGAAGGGUGUAUCGCAACUUCCUGAAUAUAAGAAGAAGUCUUUUCCCGCCUGGAAGCGCGCCAAAUUGUCAGAGCAAGAAAAUAUAGCUAACGCUUUCGAUAAGGAUGGUAUUGACUUGCUGCAGUCGAUGCUUGUAUACGAGCCUGCGCGUCGUAUCAAUGCCCGCGAUGCCCUUCUUCAUCCUUACUUCUCAGAUCUAGACAAGUCGAUUGUGCCAGCUGCAGGAGAAGAAUAUGUUGGACUUCCGCUGCAUCAGCUACCAAACGAGGUGGCCCGACUCUUCAUUGAAAAGGCGAAUGAAACUCUUCAGAUCGGCAGUGCCUUGACUCAUCGCGCCGGCGUAGGCGGGGACGAGAACUUGCCAAUCCGCCAGUCACUUGCUGGUACCGGACCUGGGAAGCUUGGGCAAAGCACUAGCAAAUUAUCUAUAGAUGAGAAAACUCUCACGGCUGGCGCCAACGCUCUGCCAACUGCUUUGGCUCGUACACAGCCUGGGCACCCCCUUCUACUGGCCAUCGAUCAGGUGGCUCUGCCAACCUCACUUGCAGGAGAUGCAAGCGCUAUGGCCACCUCUCGGCCCCUUUGCGAAUCAAGCGAGGUCAAUAUGUCUAUUAGCUAA